CAUUAUAGAGGUCGCCAGAUUUGGACUUCACUUAGGUUGUGAUACAGAGACAGAGUGAUAGUUAAGUUUAAUCAAUUCGUAGGCUUAUAAGUUCCAUGAAACAUAGAUGUUGCUUUCGGAUAGCUUGAACGCAUAAUGUGCGAAAAGAAAGUUUAUUUAUUACAAGAAACUUAAACAAAUAAUACUUUAGUUUGAGAAGAUAAUUUUUAACACUGACUUCAGUUCAGAAUGACGAAGGAUCGAUUGGCAGCGUUGAAAGCGUCUCAAGGGGAUGAUGAUGUUGCUGUUGCUGUUGAAGAUGUUAGGGGUGGAGGGUAUAUGGAUGAAUUCUUCCAAGAGGUUGAAGAAAUCCGAGAAAACAUAGAGAAGAUACAAGCUAAUGUGGAAGAAGUGAAGAAGAAACACAGUGCUAUCUUGUCAGCACCACAGACAGAUGAAAAGGUCAAGCAAGAAUUAGAGGAUCUCAUGGCUGACAUAAAAAAGGCUGCCAAUAAGGUUCGCACCAAGUUAAAAGUGAUGGAACAAAACAUCGAACAGCAAGAACAAACUAGCAUGAUGUCGGCAGAUUUUAGGAUACGCAAAACUCAACAUUCUAUGCUGUCUCAAAAGUUUGUGGAGGUUAUGACAGACUACAAUAAGACACAAACAGAUUACAGAGAGAGGUGUAAAGCACGGAUUCAGCGGCAGUUGGAAAUUACGGGUAAAGUAACAACAAAUGAAGAACUAGAAGAUAUGUUGGAAACUGGAAAUCCUGCAAUUUUCACACAAGGAAUCAUUAUGGAGACACAGCAAGCCAAACAAACACUAGCUGAUAUUGAAGCCCGUCACAAUGAUAUCAUUAAGCUGGAGAACAGUAUCCGAGAGCUGCACGAUAUGUUCAUGGACAUGGCCAUGUUAGUUGAAAGUCAGGGAGAAAUGAUUGAUAGGAUUGAAUAUCAAGUGGAACAUGCAAAGGAUUAUAUAGAAGCGGCUAAGCAGGAUACGAAAAAGGCUCUUGUUUAUCAGAGUAAAGCUAGAAGGAAAAAGAUAAUGAUCAUGAUCUGUGUUAUCAUCUUGGUGGUGAUCUUGGUGUCUACUCUGGGAGGGUAUCUAGGGAUGUGAAGAUGUGUCUCUUCUCUUUUCCUCCCACUUGCUCUGCAGCAGUGUGGAACAUUUACCCACACACAGUGGUAAUGCUGAAUUUAGCUGAAGGCUUUAGCUUUUUUAAAUGUGACACACAGUUUGUAAGUCCUGUGAAUUUGUUGUUGUUUUUUUUGUAAUUAUUUAUUUUUUCAUAGUUGUUAUUAAUUCAAUUCAAUCUCCCCUUUUUAUAACCUAAAGAUCCUAAUUCUCAUUUAUAUUAGAUACCUUCCCCCUUAAACAAAGAAAUUUCUCUGUACAUGUGUGUGUUUAUACAUUUAUACACAUACAUAGAUACAAUACUAUUCGACGUGGCCCUUACUUAAACUAAGAGGAAUAUGUGUGAAUAUAUAUAUCAGCUAAUAUGAAUCUCUCCUUUUAUCAGUAUUCAAUGUUUUAGUACACCUUGAAUAACGACUUCUGUUGAUCUGAAUCUUUCAAUUCUUAUUGCUCCAGAAUAAUCUGAUUUCGUUCAGGUAAUGUAACAGUAUGUUAACACUGCAGACUUCUGGAUUAACCCCAAGCAGUUUGUUUACCCUUUAAAAUAUAUGGAGGGUUCAAAUAAACUGUGUUUGAAGUAGGUAAGAUAUGAGGUAAGAAAAGUAAAAUUAGAAAUCUUGAUAUACCAAGUAUUUGGUGAGAAAAAAACGCGUAUGUUGGUAACCGUUUAAGUUUCUUAAAAAAUCUUCUAUAUUAUACUACCUUUUUAAAACUCGCUUCUUGGUGGAGGCUUGAAAAGUACUAGGUCAGUCUAUAUUUUCGGCACCACGAAGCAAAGUUCAGGAUAUAUUUACGCAACUGUUUAAGUAUGUAAAAGAUUAUGAAGGUGUUCUGCUCAAACAAUCACUAGAAUAUUAAGAAUGAUGACUUCUUAUUUUCAUGAUGUGAGGAUUAUUUAGUUUUUCAGUAUUUUAAAUUUUUUUUACACCUCGACAUUAAAGACCUUCUUCUAGUUUUAAACGGAUUAUAACGUUAUACAAGUUUAUUCAGCAUUUUCAUAUAAUGUUUUAUCAUUUAUGUUACGUGGCUUAGAUACAAAUCUGUCAAUUUUUGGUGAAUAUGCACAUCAUUGUUGAAUGUUGUUAUUCACAGAUGUUGUAUAGGAAUUUGAAAGAUGUGAUGAAAAAAAAAAAGUUGCUUCAGGAUGUUUUACUUAUUAGCUUCAAGCAAAAAUAGGAUGUAUGACUGACAGAGUUUGCAAGUACAAUAAUUAAAGACGAAUCGGUGGUAAAAAUCCUGAUCCCAGGAGUUGGUAAAGCAUUGAAAAUAACAGUUCAAACAUGUUAUCCCCUUAAGGACUUUAUUUUACUUGUAUAACUCAUUCUAUCAAAGUUCCAUUGCCAAGAAAAACCUCCAGAAGCUACACUUCACUGUUUCUCUGCACUAGAAGUGAUUUAAAAUGUUAAUUUUGUUAGGUGGUCUACUUAUUUCUCCUUUUUUCCUAGUUUAGGGUUUAUUGAACAAAACUAGGAAGUGGCCUUCUAAAUUACUCACACCAGCCAGUAAUGGCUGCCAUUUUCUCGUGAUUCUUUUACAUAGGUUAAAUGGGGGUUCAUCAUAUAUGAAGCCUUAUAGUAGCUGAUGUGGGAAACAGUACAGGUGACAGUGGAGAGAGACAGUAAAUAAAGAACAGUAUUGUUGCAAUAACUCACCUAUCUUACUGGCCUGUAUAAUAUUAAAUUGAUAAGAAUUUUUCUGUCACUUGGUUGACAAACUUUCAUUGUUAUACAAAGAUCAAUACUUCUAUGUACGUUAGUGUACAUGUGGCUCUUGUGUGUUUUCUUUCGUGUCACAGAUUGUAAAAUUGAAACGUGUAUUAAUAAUGUCAUAAAUACUGCCCCAAAUAUAAAUGUAAAAUUAGAUUGUAUAUUUCUUGCAUGUGUUUCAUCACAUUAUAUGUGUAAAAGUGUUUUAACCAUAUGUAAUACAGUUUUUCUCUUUGCUCUCUAAGCAACCCCCCCCCCCCCAAAUAAAAGAACUUGCUUAAUUGUAUUUCUUUUAUUACUGAUAUUUUUCUGCAGAAUGGAAAUAACUCUGAUUAAUGAUUCAUUGUAGGUAAUUAACCAUGUUUGUCUGUCCCUUUGGUAGAUUUAUUCUUUUCAUAAUUUUUAAAACACAUUUGAAAAGUUCCAGUAAAACAAAUGUCGGUGCAGUCAUUAGUACUGAUUUGUUCUUGUAUUUUCUUUUAAUAUAAUAAUGGAGAACAAAGAACUAGGUAAAUAACAGAUACUUGAGUUUUCAGACUCUAUGUUGGGAUAUAGAACCCACAUUCAGGCAUAGCUCAGACCAAAGUCCUCUGUUGUAGACCUGAUUUGGACUUUAUUACUUUAGUGCUUUUUAUAAUUGUUCCCUAAUCUUGGUAAGUUGUGUUGACAUCAUAUUUCUACUCUCUUCCGAAGUUUCAGCAAAUACAGAAACUUUAUUAAAUAAUACUACCACGUAAUGUUUUCAUUACUUUCAAUUAGAAAAUCCACUAAAAACUAGGGAAAUCCUAUAUUUUCUCCACUAUCCAAGAGAACAGUACGUAACUGAGUCAUUUGCUAAUAUGUACUUACUUUUAACAAUCCGUAGGUGUGACCAACUGACAAAAUUUUAGCCUUUCUUCGUAAAAAAACUGCAAACUGCACGAGUAAAGAAUUUGGUUAAUUGCCUGAUUUUUAAAUUACUGAUUGUUAAUGUUUUUCUAAUAAUAAAGAAACACGAGUAGAUUUAUUCAGUCAUUUGCCUGAUUUUGACUGUUUAUAAUGUUCAGUCAGUUUAACAAAUUGGGCAAGUCACACUUUGUAGGUAAAGAUUGUAAGUACAUAUUCCAGUCAUUUCUCUGUGACUAUUCCCAGAUACUUUACUCAUUGCAAGUGUUUAUUUAUGUUUAAUAAAACCCGCAAAGUCUCUUGUAUUUUGUCUACAUCUUUUCUUGUAUGAAUGUUUCAAAGUAUCUAUAAUUUGAUAGGUUUUUCAAAUAUCAAUUUGAAAAAAAAAUAAUAUUUCCAUAUUGGUUUUAAAAUUUAAAUCCUUGCAUUUUUUUAAGGUAUUAGUAAAUUUACCCAUUGUUGCUUCAAUAUUUGUUUACUGAAUGAAGAACAUAAUUCAAUGUAAUAUGUUUGCGUAGAAAGAUAAAAUGCAAUACCCAAGCUUCCAAAUUAGAUACUUGGUACUGUGAAGAUUAAAGCCCUAAAAUGAAGUGCACUUACGUAUAGAUUGUAAAAUAAACAACAAGUUAUCUGAAGGUUGGCCUCUCUAAAACCUAGAAAACGUAAACAACAAGUUAUCUGAAGGUUGGCCUCUCUAAAACCUAGAAAACGUAAACAACAAGUUAUCUGAAGGUUGGCCUCUCUAAAACCUAGAAAACGUAAACAACAAGUUAUCUGAAGGUUGGCCUCUCUAAAACUUAGAAAACGUAAACAACAAGUUAUCUAAGGUUGGCCUUUCUAAAACCUAGAAAACGUAAACAACAAGUUAUCUGAAGGUUGGCCUUUCUAAAACCUAGAAAACGUAAACAACAAGUUAUCUGAAGGUUGGCCUCUAAAACCUAGAAAAUGUAAAGAAGUUAUCUGAAGGUUGGCCUCUCUAAAACCUAUAAAACGUAAACAAAAUUCACUAAGGAAUAGUCUUAUUGUAAUAAUUUUUAUGACUUUUCCUCCAUAGUCAUAACAGGUAUCUAUAGUGUCAGUUAACCAAAAUCACUAAUUAUAGUAACAAAUGGUUAUAGAAUACUCUGGAUUAGAUUCUCUAGAAGGAAGAGUUAGAUUAGCUCAUUAAUAAGAAUACUAGGUAAUUUUGUAAUCCAGGCUUGUGACUAAAAUUUUAUCAGUAAUAAUUCUGAUACUUCUUUAAAAUGUGAUUCAAGACAAAAUAAUCUUAAUAAAACAAGUGGACUAGCUUCAUUAGUGAUGAUACUUAAUACUUCACUAACACGGGUGAUUCAAGACAAGCUGGUUUUAAUAAAACAAGUGGACUAGCUUCAUUAGUGAUGAUACUUAAUACUUCACUAACACGGGUGAUUCAAGACAAAAUAAUCUUAAUAAAACAAGUGGACUAGCUUCAUUAGUGAUGAUACUUAAUACUUCACUAACACGGGUGAUUCAAGACAAAAUAAUCUUAAUAAAACAA